AUGAUGGUGCUUUUUGGCAAGCCAAUCAGUCCACUCAAUGACUGCAAGGUGGUCUUGAAGCAAAGUUUUUGUUCGGUUUCCCCUGAGCCUCCAAAUCUUCUCUUUGUAAGUUCUCCAGGCCCUUUCGAUAUGAUGGGUAUGGGCUUCAGUAAGGGGGUCAACGUAGGACCUGCUUUGAUUUACCGUGUGGUGCACAUAUGCAGGGAGCACACGGUAAGCGUGCCACUCAUCACUGAUGAUGUUGGACCCACCCCACACAUGUUGGGUGAUCAGAGGCACCAGAUGUGCUCGGUUUCUCCGCUCUACCAGGCGUAA